CAUUCAGAAGAGACUAAUCUUAUUAUUCAUACUGAGAAAACCUGGCUGCAUUUGAAGAGAAUGUAUGCAGAGUCCCCUUUGAGGGUUUUUCCAAUGCAUUCUAUUACAUUCACAAAUCAGCUGGCUUAGAGGCAAAACCAAAAUAAUCUUUUUUUCAUUCUCUUGUGUCUGACAUGAUAGUUUUGACAGAUUUGCAUAAACUUUAGAAAUUCAUUUCCACGUCUCUUUUCUUGCAGUGAUCUUUAGCCCUCGUUUCAACCCUGUAACCUCUUAUUAAUGUAAAGCAGCUGCUGAAUAGCUCAUACCAUAUGAUCCACUGUGACGUGGGUAGUGGCACGCCGCCAUAGUGUCUUUUCAUAUUAAGGAGAUUGUGACGUGGGAUAAAGUAAUACUGCUAUUUUAAGACAACAAAAUGAACUCUUGCAUAUAUGCAUUCUUCAAAGGAUUAAUGAAAAAUCCGGUGUAUGUUGCUGUGAUGCUGCUUGGAACAGCUGGUCUGACUUUGACAUCAGAACCCGUUAUAGAUAGCUCUGCCUCCCCCGCUGCGGGCAUGAGAUACCCAGAACUGUGUUGGUCAGAUGAGGUGGGGCAACACUCCAGACUCUCAGUAAUUUACUCUACAUAUUCAACUUGUAAAGCCUGUCGUUAAAAGAAUAUUCAGUCAAGAGAUGUUAUGCUUACAGUAAAAUCAGUGUGUGAGAUUGUUGGAGUAUUUUGCUCUGGGCCAGUUGCCUGACUGCCUCACCAUGCAGCCUAAAACAAAAGUAGAAGAAAAGCAGAAUAAGCAGGCCAGUGUUGAUUUGUUUAUUUUUGCCAAAACAUUGUACAUGUCAGUUUCAUUUGACUUUAGAUGUAUUGUAUCCAUAAAUCAGGAGAUGCUUAUCUGUAUGUAAAAAUGUCCAUUUGUUGUUUUAUAUUGAAUAACUACCAGGAAAGAUUGGAAUUCAUAAACCAGAGCUUGAUUUGACCUCGUUCUUCUUUUGUCCUUAAAGUUCUUCUGCAGAAUAUUUAGUCAUCACAUGGCUUAUAUUGGAGCUAUGUUAGGCAUGCUGUUAUUUAUAUUAAAAUUACCUAUUUAUAUGCUGCCUAAUUUGACACAUCCUUUUGCAGUUGGGAGCCUGUAUUCCUGGAGGCCUCUGUUUAUAACAGCCUGGAGGGAGCCAGAGACACGGAAGCUAUUUGAAGAAAGGGCCUAGGGUCACUUUAUCAGUUGUGCGACCUCUUGCUAAGUGCUAAAGAGCUUCUUGUGAGUUAUUUGGGAGUCAUAGUCCACAAACUCAGACCUUGAAGUUAAACUGAAAUAUCCACUCUGUUUUAGGAGUACAAAGAGUUCUUUUGAGUAUUGAUUGGGUUUGUUUGUCAUGUGGACUGUGAUCACUUUAUCUGCUAUAGGUUUGCGUAAUGGGGCCAUAUCUUCUUCUGUCUUUGUUCUGACUCGUACCUUUACUUGUGAUGGAUAAGAAAAGUCUUCUUUUUUACAUGAACUCUUCAGCUCUCCAUUGUCACCUUAUGCAAGAUAGCUGGUAACAUCUUGUUCUGCUUGUUUAGUUUCCAGUGGUCAGGCCUAUUUCUAGCUCAUGUUCAAAUCAAUUCCAAAUCCUGGUUUUAGACGUCAGAUUGUGUUGGAUUGAGUCAGAGCUUUUUGGAUUGUAUGCUGCUGCUGCUGCUGCUGCUGCUGCUACUGCUACAUGUGGCUUUGGUACUCCAUCUGGCUCUAAUCCAGAUAUGAGAAACCAGCAAUAAGAAUACUGUUAAUUAUUGUGUGGGGGGGUGUAGUAAUUCUUUAAUUUCAAUCUUUCAUUGAUCCUGAUACAACCCAAUACAUUGGUGCGAAUAAAUCCAUGAUAUUGAAAGUAAGAUUUUAUUUUAAGAUCUCUUGUUUUAGUAAGUAGUACUGUAUAAAGUUUAGUUUUGUAGAGUUUAGUUUUUGUUAUUAACCAUUAAGUUUUCUGGAAACCAGUCUACCAAGAUAGUGAAAGACUGAACCCCACAGUUUGACAUGUUAUGUAAUACAGCGGACACCACACAUGUUUCAGGGUAAAGCAGCUUUAACUGUUUGCAGAUUAGAUGUUCUGUAGCCAAGCUCAAGGUCUCAUGGAUCUCUGUGUGGCAUGAUAAAUUAAUAAAUACAUUUAAAAAUAAUAAUUUUCAAUGGAUGCCCUUAGUAAAUUGCUAAUUGGUAAGUCUAGACCUCACUACAUGCUCUAAAAUACAUGUAGUUCUUGCAUUAGUUUUGAUACCAUAUCAGUACUUUGAUUUAAGUAUCUGCCACAUCUUAUUAACUUAUUUUAACCAAUACCAGUGUAGGGACAGAGAAUGGCAUGUUUCCCCCAAAAACACAGUUAUUUAUAAAAAAAAAUGGAAUGUCUAACUGUCUACAGGACCACAUUGUGAAUAAAAGUUGUGAAUAAAAUAAAAUAAUUCAAACAGAAUGGUGCAUUCUAGGCUAGAAUCAGCCUGUAAAUAGUCUUAUUGCAUCUAAUUAAAGGCCCAAACAGGCGGAACAAAUUUCUUGUAACUGAUACCUGAUCCAGCUAAUUUGUUGGUGUCAUUGCAUCCCUAAUUAGUUUAGCAGUUUAAAUUUCUGUUUGUUUUCUAAUUAUGGCCCAGGCAAAAUAUACAAAUCUAUAUCUGAAUUGUUUAGCUCUGCUUUCAAGCAUUUUAACAUUCCCCUUUUUAUGUAAGAUAUUAACAUAUUUUACAGUUGUGUGUUACCUCAUAAUUAUUUAAUUACACAGAAACCCUGCAAAUGACACAAUGCCACUGCUGUCUCACCAUGUGAUCGUCUGGGGGUAUUUUUGCUCUGGACAGUUGUUUGUUUAAACUGAUGAUAAAUAAAAAUGUAACAUAAAUGUUAUAUUUGUGCAUUCUGCAGCGUAUCAGGUCUCUGCAGAGCCCUGAGUGGAUGAUAACAGGAACUUUGUAUUGACCAAAACAAUGGAAACUUAUGACACUCUCAUAUACAACUAUUGACCGUCUUUAGCAGCAAAAUUCAAUUAUAUAUUUCUGCAUAAAAAGGCCAGGCACUUCCAGUGCAUUAGGUCUGUGCCUUUAUGGGAAAUAGCUGUAAUUGGGGAUCGGAAAGUUUGUUUGAGCACUAAAGAUAAACUCUUGUCUCUCCUGAUCUAAUUUCUUAGGUUGCCUAAACAGUGUUUGGCAUAGCUUUUAAUAGACACAGACUUGUUCACUCAUCAUUCUUUCAAUUUGACAUGUCCCCCCUCCCCCUUUGCCAUCAACUAUAAUAAGAUGUGGAAUGUCUUGCUGCCCAGUGGAAAAGACAGGUCAAUUUAGAAACAAAACAAAUACUUUAAAUUGUAUGGAUCUAUAUGGUCACAUACAGACAUUUGUUACAAUUAUUGCUUCUUGUAGAGGAAAACUAAAUGUUACCCUUGCCCUUUUGAGCAUCUUUUACCGACACUGUUAGCAAUUGUCUUUUUGUGCAUUAUUUUGUUUUUAUAACAUCUUUGGUGAUUAGUGAAUGUCACUCAGUUUAUCAUCUGCUGGCUCAUGUGGUGGCCAGGAGCUGCAACAACAGGUCUGUCACUUUACAUAACCUUCUAUGAGCAGUGAGGAAUGCAAACUGGAAAGGGCAGAUCACUUGCUCUCACCCCUCCCACCCCUCGCGCACACACAGAGUCCCAGAGUGCGUCAGUCCUUAUCUCCCUAGCCGCUCUGAAGCCAGGGCUCCGGACGUGUGUGUGCAGACAGCUGGACCGAGCAGGCAGAGCCCAACUCUACACAUGGACAGCGCAGCCUCAGUGGCAGCUGCUCUUCUGUUUUAGGAAGCUCCAACUCAGACAGAGCACAAGGACAAAACUUGGGACAUCUUCUUGCUCUAGCAGUGAUCAGUGCACCCAGGAGAAACCCACUGGAUUGAGUUUGUUUAUGUUUCUGGUCACGUGAAGCGCGAGGAUGAGGAUGAAGGAGCUCUCCCUACGCCAGGACCCCGACCUGAGGAAAGAGUUGGCCCAGUUGGCCCGAGGUUGUGACUUUGUUUUGCCCUCUCGCUUCAAGAAAAGACUCAGAGCUUUCCAGCAAGGACAGGCUCAGGUGAGGACGGAGGAGCCAGUCACCACAGCACUGAGUGAAAGCAUUCCAAAGUUUUACUUCCCUCAAGGCAGGCCUCAAGCCAAUCUCAACAUCGACAGCCUCAUUUCUAAAAUAGAGAAAACAUUUUCUCAGUUUUCGAAUGAAAGGGCCACCAUUGAUGACAUGGGCCAGGUCGCUAAGGCCUGUGAGUGUCCUCUCUACUGGAAAGUGCCAUUGUUCUGUUUGGCUGGAGGGGACAGGACCGGCUUUGUGUCUGUUCACAAAUUCGUGGCUAUGUGGAGAAAAACGCUGCAGACCUGUCAUGAUGACGCCUCUAAAUUUGUGCACCUCUUGGCCAAACCCGGCUGUAAUUACCUGGAACAGGACGACUUUAUUCCAUUCCUCCAGGAUGUGGUGAACACACACAGCGGCCUAGCUUUUCUUAAAGAGGCACCAGACUUUCACUUCAGAUAUAUCACCACAGUAAUACAAAGGAUAUUUUAUAAUGUAAACCGGUCAUGGACAGGAAAAAUCACAGGUUACGAACUCAGAAAAAGUAAUUUUCUGCAGAAUGUGGCUUUGUUGGAACAGGAAGAAGAUGUAAACCAGCUGACGGACUACUUUUCCUAUGAGCACUUUUAUGUCAUUUACUGCAAGUUUUGGGAGCUGGACACAGAUCAUGAUCUCUAUAUUGACAAAAAAGACUUGGCACGACAUAAUGACCAAGCUAUUUCUCGUAAAAUGAUUGACAGAAUAUUCUCAGGGACAGUAACAAGAGACAGACAGGUGUACAAGGAGAGACGACUAAGCUACGCAGAUUUUGUUUGGUUUCUGCUCUCAGAGGAGGACAAAAAGACAGAAACAAGUAUAGAAUACUGGUUCCGCUGCAUGGACCUGGAUGGUGAUGGGGUGCUCAGUAUGUAUGAGCUGGAGUAUUUCUAUGAUGAACAGUGUCAGAAACUGGAAGCCAUGGCCAUUGAGCCUCUUCCCUUUGAAGACUGCCUCUGCCAAAUGCUCGACCUUGUCAAGCCUGAGGUCAAAGAAAAGAUCACGCUACGAGAUUUGAAGAGGUGCAAGUUGGCCCAUAUAUUUUUUGACACAUUCUUCAAUAUUGAGAAGUACUUGGAACAUGAACAAAAGGACCCAUUCUCUGUUAUACGGGAGGUGGAGUCUGAUGGCCAGGAGAUGUCUGACUGGGAAAAAUAUGCAGCAGAGGAGUAUGAUAUUUUGGUUGCUGAAGAAGCAGCCAACGAGCAGUGCAAUGAUGUAUACGACAAUCCCUUGCUCAUCUCCAGUGAGCUGGGAUUCACAAAGAGACACUUCUUUGAGAUUCCCAGUCCGCACGGCGAUCUGGAUGACUAUGAAUACGAUGAUGACUUUGAAUGACCAGCACUGCAGUAGUAUUUUCCCAUAAUUCAACUGGGCAAAAUGGACACUUGUCAAAACAAAGAUGUACAAGGUCAAAACCAGUACAAACACAUGGUUAUAGCAGCACAUGAUUUUUAACAGUUCUGUCGACAGUUUGGAUAAUACACAAAUGCCUUGUAUUUCAUUGUUUCAAAUCUUGCUCACUACUGUUUGGCUUACAUCUAAUUUUAGCUGUGAGUUUUGUGCCACAAGUGAAUUACACUGACAUAAGCUAAGCCAUAUUGUUACACACUAAAGUUUUUUAUUUUAUUUUAUUUUAGACACAAACUAUGGCACACAUAAUAGUUUGAGUAAAUGGCCGUCAUUGGUGAAUAACACAUUCCAAUGAUCAGUAAUCCGCAAAUAAGUCAAGGAACACUUUAUAUUGUACAGAGCCAUAUUUAUUUUGUCAUGAAAGAGUGUGAAUUGUUUUUUGUUUUGUUUUUUUUAUUGUAAAACAAGUAUACUUGUAAAUAGUGAGUGCGUAGUGUUGUAAAUGAUUUUAACUUUUCUAUAAAGUACUUUGUACUUUCAAGAACAAAAGAAACAGUUAACAUUUUUCAUUGGUUUAAAAAAAUAAAGUUAUGUUAAUUAUAAAA